AUGGCGAACCCGGGAAUGCUCUACGUUACUAUGCAGCCGAAGCCUGAAUUGGCUAUCGAGCAGUUCCACGAGUGGUACAACAACGAGCACGGCCCAACCCGUCUGCGUCUUCCCCAAAUCUUCACCAACGGCCUGCGAUACCAGGCCAAUGACGGCCAAGAACCGACCUUCCUCGCGACCUACGACGUUACCUCCAUGUCCCACUUGGAGACUCCUACAUAUACCACUCUUCGCGCUAACCGUUCUUCCCGCGAGGCUGAGACCAUUGGCCAGGUCGACGUGACGAGAUACUUCUUCGACUUGGUAAUCGAGCGCAAGGCCCCUUUGUUCCUGCCAAUUGAGCAACUCUCCGACAAGGAGGCUGAGGGGCUGGAGCUUGUUGCUGUUCAGACCACUCUUCACGACGAGUCUGGGGAGGCAGAGCUUAAGAAGUGGUACGAGGAGGAGCACAUCGACAUGCUGUCCAAGGUUCCUGGCUGGCUGAGGACGAGGGUCGUCAAGGUCUCUAGUCUCGGCGACGGCGCCGGUUCCAAGACGACCUUCUUUGCCCUCCACGACUACGCUCGUCAAAACGGAUUGGGAGGUCCUGAGCACAAGGCUUCCAUGUCUACGAAAUGGGGCGGCGAGAUCGUGUCCAAGUAUGUCAAGGACAAGAGCCGCCGCACCUACAAGCUCUUCUACGUCUUUGGCCCGGCGCCCCGUGAUUUGUCCAACUUGGCAAAGCUACCAGCUUCUACUGCUAGCUGGACCUCGCCGGAUGGCAAGACGAAGACUGUUCCUGGACCCAAUGAAGUCAUCAGCUCAUAUAUCACGGCAGAGGACAACCUUUCCAUCCCCUACAGGCUUGAGGGCAACCCCUCACCUGACGCACCGACAGUUGCCUUCAGCAACUCCUUGUUGACGUCGUUGCACAUGUGGGAUUCUCUUGUUGAAAUCAUCAAGCAGAAGCGCCCUGAUCUGCGCAUCUUGCGUUACGACACUCGAGGUCGGCAUGCGAUCCCCAAUCCCCCAGUGCCUGCGACAUUGGAUCUGCUGGCGUCUGAUCUGCGCACCGUCCUCGACGCUCUCCGCAUUCCCAAGCUGCACGCACUUAUCGGCGUAUCAAUGGGAGGUGCAACCACUACCAACUUUGCACUCAAAUAUCCCAAUCGGUUGAAGAAGUUUAUCGCGUGCGACUUCAACGUAACAUCGAGUGCUGCCAAUACUCAGGCGUGGAAGGACCGCAUUGCAGUGGCUGAGGAGGACAGUGGAGCUGGCAUCGCGAAGCUGGCGCAGCAGACGGUGGGUCGGUGGUUCCACCCCGCAACGAUGGAAAAGGAGAAUCUCGUCAAAUCAAUGACGGAUAUGGUGGCCACCAACGACGUGGUCGGUUUUAAAUACAGUUGCCAGGCGCUGUGGGAUUAUGACCUCAAGCCGGCAUUGAGUUCUUGCCAAGUGCCGGGCUUGCUCGUCGUCGGAGACGGUGACGGCAAAGGCGCCCUCGUCAAGGCAAUGGACGGCUUUAAGGGCUUGGUGGGCGAAAAUGGUGUCGAAUUAAAGAUUGUGCCCAACGCUGGUCAUCUUCCAAUGUGGGAAGACCAUGCGGCAUUUUGGGAAGCAAUUCAGGAGUUCCUCUAG